UUUGUGAAUUUCUUGAUUUUGAUUACUGUUAUUAUGUUUGUUGUGAACAAUUUUCUAAAUAAAAUCAUAUUUGUUGAGUCAGGUUAAUGGCUUUAUAUGAGAAGCAAUCGAGGAUCAGAACAAGUCUUGGUGUUCCUCCAUUCCCAAUAAAAGAGGGGAAACUAAUGGGCGUGGGGUGGGCGGAAUUACCACAAGAAAUCAUUGAAUUAAUAUCCAAAAAACUGACAAUCUACUUCGACUAUCUCCGAUUCCGAUGCGUCUGUCGCAGCGUUCCUGAAACCCCUCUCCAUCUACCACCUCAAUUCCCAUUGCUCAUGCUUUCUCCUAAAUCCUUCUUGGACCCACCCACCAACAAACUCCACCACCUCAAUCUCCCUUUAUCUUCUUCUCACCGCACUCGUAUCUGCGGUUCCUCCUAUGGCUGGCUCGUCAUUCUCCACGAAAUCUCCGAGGUUCGUCUUCUCAACCCUAUAACAUGCGUCACACUUUCUCUUCCUUCUCUCUACACUUUGCCAAAGUUUGUUAGAAAGCGUUUGAAAUGUAAUAGUAACUCAUUCCUUAAUAAAGUUGUCUUAUCGUCUAGCCCCUCGCUUAGCAGCGACUUUGUUGCAUUCGCCAUUCUUAAUUCUAGUGCGUUAGCAUUCUAUAGAAAAGGCCACGAUUCCUGGGUUCUCUUCAAUGUGAACGGAUAUCACGUAUGGAUGGAUGUUGUAUCCAAAAACAAUUUGUUUUAUGCUGUGAGCAUGGAAGGAACGAUAGCAGUGUGCGAUGUUGAAGGUCCUCGAGUCUCCGUUAUCGAGACGACAAACUCUGUCAAUUUAGGGAAUCAAAUUUACUAUGUUGUAUUUUCCGGGGAGGACAUGUUGUUGGUCUCUUCGUAUCAGACAGCGUGGUUUCUAAUUUUAAAGAUGAAUUGGAAUACCCUAAAGUGGGAAAAAAUUCAAACAUUGGGCGGAAAGAUGUUGUUUCUAGAGUCGAGGUCUUCUUUUUCUUUUUCUGCUACUGAUUUUGCUAGAUGUCCUACGAAACUUAUCUAUUUCACUAACGAUGUUUCUAGCAAAGACGAAUUGGGCAUCUUUAGUUUAGGAUAUCCAAUUUGGGUUACACCAAGUCUGUGAUGAGCUAAAAGUCUGAAUGAUGUAAGUUUAGCUAACUGCUACUUGUUUAUUUGUAUAUUUUAUGAGUUCCCUCCUUUGGUCUGUAUUCCUUUCAUAGUGAUAUUACCAAGAUCAUGGUUGCAGAAGCAUAGCAAGAUUAUUGGUAUU